AUGAAAGGAUUGCUCAGAUUACACCGAUUUUUCUCAUCUGAAUUAUCUUCAAUAUCUGGACAAACUCCAAAUCCGAAUGUCUACACUGAUGGCUCGUGCAGAAACCAAGGAACUGCCAAUGCUCAAGCCGGUUAUGGAGUCUACUGGGGACAAGGCCAUGCCAACAACCGCAGUGGCACCGUAUCCGGACAUCAAGACAGCAAUCGUGCCGAGCUUCGUGCUGCUCAACAGGCCAUCAAAACGGCUUCAAGUCAAGGAUAUUCUGGAGUGAACAUUCACUCGGAUUCUCACUACGUCCGAGAUGCGAUCAACAACUCUGCUCAGUUCCAGAGAGCUCCAGCUGCCAAUCGUGACUUGAUGCAAUCGAUCAAUUCAAUGAAGUCGAAUGUCUCCGUGAGUGCUCACCAUGUCAAAGGACAUUCGGGACAUCAAGGAAAUUCCCAAGCUCAUUCUUUGGCAAGAGCUGGAGCCAAUUCUGGAAAGAAGUGA